UUUUUAGGUGUUAACGAUCACAGCAUGCAACUAAUAAUAAUAGGCCAGCCAUCGCUCUUUUCCCUAGAUAGCAAUAAUCUUCUCGAAAUGCUCUCUUUCCACCAGACAUCCUCACCAUGGAGAACUUGCAAAGCCAGUUGCUCAACCUCCAGGCCAGACGCACAUUAUGGAUUUGGCUUUCCGUCUUUUGGACGUUUAUACAGUUGCCUUUCUGGCUGAUCCAGAACUUGGCACCUUCGUUGCGGCCGCAUCCAGCAUGGACAUUCGAACAAGCAAUCAAAAUACGCCUUGCCAAAGCCUAUCUGUGGCAUAUUUGCACGAUGAAAUCGACUACAAGACUAUCUUUGGAUCCUGGGCCUGAAGGCGGUCGAUUCGUCGUUAUCCAGCCAGCGGCACAAGACCGCUAUCAAGGUGUUUGCCGUGGGUACGAGGAUGACACUGAUCCCGUGAAGAUUGUCCCAACGCCGGUGGGGGCAACAUGGUAUCCAAGCCGCUACCGCCCGGGGGACGAGGAUUCACGCAUCAUCAUUCUACAUCUGCACGGCGGCGGUGCCUAUGCUUUCGGUGAUGGGCGUCCGGGUGAUGCGGGUUUUGCUGCUGACUUGCUUGUGCGCUAUUGUCAUGCCAAAGUUCUCUGUCCUUCUUAUCGACUCGCAAGCAAUCCAGAUGGCCACUUUCCGGCCGCACUCCAGGAUGCUCUUACAUCAUAUCAGUAUUUGCUGAGCCUGGGUAUUUCUCCGGAGCGUAUUGUAUUGUCUGGCGAUUCUGCUGGCGGAAAUUUGGCCUUGGCCCUACUGCGCUACUUGGAAGACCAUGCUUGGGAACCAUUCUCAACCUCCUCCUGUUUCUCAUCACCACCACCAUAUUUUCGUUCCUCAUCAACAUCUUCGACCUUGUCGUCUCUCUCAUCAUCAUCAUCUUCUUCUUCUUCUUCUUCUUCUUCUUCUUCUUCUUCUUCUUCUUCUUCCUCUUCGUCUACUGCGAGCGGCUCCCGUCGUUCAAUUUUCUCCAAUGGCUCCAAGUCUUCGUCUACUACUGCCACUACAACACUAUCCGCUGACCCUGCUGUCCUUUUCCCAACUCCUGCGGCGACCCUUCUCUGGAGUCCCAUGGUUGAUAUCGCGAGUGCAUGUGAUCCAUCUUCCAUUGACAAUAAUCCGCGAUACAGUACGGACUAUCUGGUGGGAGGAUUUGGUGAAUGGGGGGCUCGGAGUCUCCUCCCCAAGUUGCUCCCUGCCACACAUCCUUAUCUGUCACCAGCCCGGCAUCCGUUCUCAACCAAGUCGCCCAUAUGGUGCCAGGCCGGCGCAGGCGAAGACAUGUAUGAGACCAUUCUUCACUUCGCCUAUGGUAUGGAGCGCAUGCCUGGGAAUGCCGUCGAAGUCUACGUUCAACCACAUGCCCCACACGAUAUAUUUUUAACUGGACCGCGCAUUGGAUGGGAAACUGAGGCAGAGGAGUGUGCGAUUCGUGCCAAUGACUUUCUUGUCGCCGUAAGACGUGGUGAGAGUUUUCCGAGGGAUAUAUAAUCAUUGCUUGCGUCAAUUACUCUUACUUGUCCAUUCCUUUUACUCCCUCUAUCUGCCACACCUUUCUUGGGCAUCCUCUCGGGAGCGUUCCAAAUCUUACGAAGUCCACGAUCGGGUAUUUCUCCCAGCCCCGAAGCAUACUCAGCGUUCUAUUGAUUUAUUUUUGAAUUCAAUAUUUUCUUUCCUCGACGAGUUAGACAAGAGCUGGAAUUGGCGUUGGAGUAAUAUUCAUCAAUUACUCGGGUUUGCUUGCUGAAUGCAUUCAUUUCUGCUUUUUUGGGUUAUAUAUAUAUUGGAGGAUUGGUCAAGCUGAGAGGGUUUUGAAUAUCAGAUGCUGAGCGUUCCUUGGAAAUGAGAUAGUAGAGCAGAAAUCAUAUCCGUACUUUUGCUUGUGAUUUGUGCCUACCAAAUGGCUAUGCCUCAAAAGCUCCAAGGAAGCAGACAUGAUAAGAUAGCGCUCUACCUA